CACGCUGCGUUCCCAGGAAGCUGUGCGACCCACGCCUCUUCUGGAGUGCCGCGAACGGCUCGUGAACGGCUUCCGCGGUGCAGCCAUGGCGCUCCACGUACCCAAAGCCCCGGGUUUCGCGCAGAUGCUCAAGGAAGGAGCGAAGCAUUUCUCAGGAUUGGAAGAGGCCGUGUACAGGAAUAUCCAAGCCUGCAAGGAGUUAGCCCAGACCACGCGCACGGCAUAUGGACCGAAUGGAAUGAACAAAAUGGUUAUCAACCACCUGGAGAAGCUGUUUGUGACAAAUGAUGCAGCGACUAUUCUGAGAGAGCUGGAAGUACAGCACCCCGCUGCCAAAAUGAUCGUGAUGGCUUCGCACAUGCAAGAGCAGGAGGUCGGAGAUGGCACAAACUUCGUGCUGGUGUUUGCGGGCGCUCUGCUGGAGGCGGCCGAGGAGCUCCUGAGAAUUGGCCUGUCGGUCUCAGAGGUCAUUGAAGGCUAUGAAAUAGCCUGCAAGAAGGCCCAUGAGAUUCUUCCCAGUUUAGUUUGUUGUUCUGCAAAAAAUCUCCGAGAUGUGGAUGAAGUUGCAUCUCUGCUUCACACGUCUGUCAUGAGUAAGCAGUACGGUAACGAAGUCUUUCUGGCCAAGCUCAUUGCACAGGCAUGUGUAUCGAUUUUUCCUGAUUCCGGCCACUUCAAUGUUGAUAAUAUCCGAGUUUGCAAGAUUCUGGGCUCUGGCAUCUGCUCCUCUUCAGUCUUGCAUGGCAUGGUUUUUAAGAAGGAAACAGAAGGCGAUGUGACAUCUGUCAAAGAUGCGAAAAUAGCAGUAUACUCUUGUCCUUUCGAUGGCAUGAUAACAGAGACCAAGGGAACAGUACUGAUAAAGACUGCUGAAGAAUUGAUGAAUUUCAGUAAGGGAGAAGAAAACCUAAUGGAUGCACAAGUGAAAGCCAUCGCUGACACUGGCGCAAAUGUCAUUGUCACGGGCGGCAAGGUGGCAGACAUGGCUCUUCAUUACGCAAAUAAGUACAAUAUCAUGCUGGUGAGGCUGAACUCAAAGUGGGAUCUCCGAAGGUUGUGUAAAACCGUGGGGGCUACGGCGCUGCCGAGGCUGACUCCUCCCGUUCUUGAAGAAAUGGGACGUUGUGACAGUGUGUACCUCUCCGAAGUUGGAGACACGCAGGUGGUGGUCUUCAAGCAUGAGAAGGAGGACGGCGCCAUUUCCACCGUCGUGCUCCGGGGCUCUACAGACAAUCUGAUGGACGACGUGGAGAGAGCGGUGGACGACGGCGUGAACACUUUCAAGGUUCUCACCAGGGACAAGCGUCUCGUGCCUGGAGGUGGAGCCACAGAAAUCGAGUUAGCCAAACAGAUCACGUCGUAUGGAGAGACGUGUCCUGGACUUGAGCAGUACGCCAUUAAGAAGUUUGCAGAGGCGUUGGAAGCUAUCCCCCGGGCCCUGGCAGAAAACUCGGGGGUUAAGGCCAAUGAAGUCAUCUCCAAACUCUAUGCAGUACACCAGGAAGGAAAUAAAAAUGUUGGAUUAGACAUUGAGGCUGAAGUUCCUGCUGUGAAGGACAUGCUGGAGGCUGGGGUCCUAGACACUUACCUGGGGAAGUACUGGGCCAUCAAACUGGCUACGAAUGCUGCAGUCACUGUCCUCAGGGUGGACCAGAUCAUCAUGGCAAAACCGGCGGGGGGACCCAAGCCUCCCAGUGGGAAGAAGGACUGGGAUGAUGACCAGAAUGACUGAGUGGGCGCUCUCGCAGGGGCGCUGCUGCUCUGAGAGUUGGCAGCUGGGUUCCUGUUGGUGAAAUGUCUCCUCGGCUGCAUUAGGUAAUAAAUGUGUUGUUAUCAAA